UACACUUUCAUUAUGCCAGUAGACUGUGCAAGGUCUACUUCAGGCGGUAAAGGAAAUCGUGGUAUGUUUAUUGAGAGAGAUACCAAAAUAUGUGCAGCUGGAUUGCCUUCUGCGCAACCAGACGAUCGUGUCUCUGAUUCACUACAACACUAUUUGUUAAAAGACGAAGUGGAUGCCCUAAUAAGUGACGCGAUAUUACCACCUAAGAAACAAAAACCUUUACCACCACUACGUUAUCCAAUACCCCUUGAUAAGCGUAACGCAGGACCAUUCGGACAAGUACAAGAACUUUUAAAUCCACCAGUGAAAACUAAAUUUCAAACACUUGUUGAAGAUUUUAAAGAAACAUCAUAUGCUUCUUACUGGAAAAAGCCCCUUGGCAGUGUCGCUGACAUUGCACCAAUGUUACCAGACGGUUUCGAUGUAAAAGGAACAACAUUCGGAAAGAAAACCGAAUUUCAUGGCCGUCUGUACGAUAUAGUGAUGCCUAAGGUACCUUUAGUUGAUAAAACUCCUCCAAGUAUGAAAUCUGGUGUCCAGAUAUCGCGUAGGUAUUGUGCACCUCCAUUUAACCCUGAAUUGACCUUUGGCCAUAGAACUUUCGUAGACAAACGUGGUAUUUACGGUAAAUGUUGCAUUACUGAUGAUAGAACUUUACUGGGGACUAGUAAUAGAACAAUAUUAAAUACAAUUCAAUCUCAACAUGAAAAGAUUAAUCAAGGUAGGAUUGGUACCAUCUUAGCACCAAAUGACAAUAUCAGUAGAGUACCUGAAGGGCAUAGUUUCGGAAAACUAAAAGGCCCUGACAAUUUGCCCGAAUGUCUGACGUAUUGUGAUAUUAAUCCAGAGCGAGAUUUCAUCAAAAAAUGUCUAUCUCAUCUUAACAGCUUGCGGAAAAAUCUAUCGAAACGCUUUUUACAUACGUUUUUUCGAGGAUUUUAUUUAAAUCUUAAGUAUUAUGACACUGAAAAAUCUGGUUGUCUUCCAAAAGAUGUUGUGUAUAAAAUGUGUGCGUCUAGAUUGAUUCGGUUUGAUCCAUCUUUAAUCGAGCCGUUGCUAUCUAUAUGGCAAGCUUUUGAUGGAUCAAGAAUAAACUAUAAAACAUUUGUUCAUGUGAUUAACUACAGGGAACCUUCUCCAGAAAUUCCCAAAAUACACGAUUUACCAUUAAAAUGUCUUGAUUUUAACACGACAUAUACAGAUAUGGUAAAUCCUUCUCAAGAAGUUGAUAACAGAAGAAUGGCAGGCUUACCAUCAGGUCGAUAUUUGGAUUUAGAUUACCCAAUAACACCAGAAAUGUGUUGCAAGGCUGAUAGAGCGUACUUUUCUCACGAGUCUGAUAUGAAAGCUUGUUUGUCUCCGAGUGUAUUAACGUUACUUCACGUAAACCACAGAGAUAUGUACGCUAAGCGUGAGCCACAUGUGGUUAAAAGAGUUUUUGAAGCCACCGGAGAAUCAUUCAGUGAUGAAAAGUUUAAUGCUGUAUGGGAAGAAGCUAAAAAAUACCAUUCACAAGGAUGGGUCUGUUUCGAAACAUUCAAGCGUGCGUUAGAAAACUAUGCACAGAAUAGUAAGGAAAAGGAAAAAUAAA